UCCAGGGCCGAUCAAAGUCAGGGAUGCCGGGCAGUGAAAGCAAGACGCAGAGCAGCGCGGCGGCCAGCAGGGGGUGUCAGCAGCAGAACGAGAGGCCGGAGCCGCCUUCCCAGACUCCUCCUCAAUCCUCUGGACGGAGCCCCCCACAGCACCAGGCUCAAGCUAGCCAAGCUAGCCAAGCUAGCGCUGGCCAGGGGGCGUUUCCAGUCCUGCUCGGGCCCAGAGGACCCCUCAUCAGCUCGGCCCAGCUUCAGGCCCUCUUCCUCCAGCAGUAUGCCAACGAGGAAGUGGGCAAGCAGCUGCUGCAGCUGGUCUCACUCAACCCCCUCCAGUUUGGGCAGCACAGACCUUCAGUCCUGCGAAGGGGUGGUCAUCUGGUCCCCCAAGCCCUGUCCAGCCUCUCCAGCCUGGCUGCGCCGCUGUCUGGUGUAAACCCCGCCCCCAAAUCUGACUCCGUCCCAGAGUGCAAGGUGGAGGCCAAUGGGAACCUUGCUGUACCCUCCCACCGGCAGACAAGCUCCUCCCCACAGCACACAAGCACCUCCCCCCAGCCCAGGAAGACGAGCCCUCCUGUGAAGCUUGGCUCAACACUAAACAGCAGAAAUGACGGUCCUGUGCAGCAGGUGCCAGAGAGCUCCAAGACGCUGUUUGUGAACGGGGUGUGCAAGUGGCCGGGCUGUGAGGAGCUGUUUGAGGAAUACUCACUCUUUCUUCAGCACCUGUACAGUGACCACAGUCCUGGGGAGAAGAGCAUGGCGCAGUGGAGAGUGCAGAAGCAGGUGGUUCUGCAGAUGGAGAACCAGCUCGCAGUGGAGAAACAGCGAUUAGUGGCCAUGCAACUCCACCUUCAGCUGUGUGACCAGCGCUCCGCUGGCUCGAAAGCGCUGGAGCUGUCUGAGGGGCCUCACAACUACACUCUGACUCUCCCACAGCCACGCCUCCUGGAGGGCUCCCCCACGGGCUCCAAAGACACCCCAGAACUGGUCCGACCAGGGUACUGGCACGUGCCCAGUUCACAUCUCAUGCCAGAAAUUGUCCCCAGCAUUGAAUAUUACAAGUAUACCAACAUCAGACCUCCAUACACCUACGCCUCUCUGAUUAGAUGGGCUAUACUGGAAUCCCCAGAGAAGCAGCUGACCCUGAAUGAGAUCUACCACUGGUUCAUGAGGAUGUUCUUCUACUUCCGCCACAACACGGCCACGUGGAAGAAUGCCGUGCGCCACAACCUGAGCCUGCACAAGUGCUUCGUGCGCGUGGAGGGAGGCAAGGGGGCGGUGUGGACGGUGGACGAGACGGAAUUCCAGAGGAGGAAAGGGCAGAAGUUCAGCAGGGAUCACGACGUGAAGUGGGUGGGCCCUUACGCCUACUUCUGCCCGCAGGAAGCGUGGGCUGGCAGCAGCUGAGGCGCACCACUACCUCCGGAGAGCCCUGACCACACACCUGACCCCCUCGAGCCAGUCGCCACGGUUACACGCACGGGCAGCUGUGGAAGUCUGAGACGGGUCCCUCGAGCUUUUCUUUUUCUUAUCUCGGAGUGUAACCGCGUGAAAGUGUUUUUGCUGUCAGGACCGAGCCGCGUGGCUGUCCCCUCUCCUCUCCUCUCCCGCGCCGAGGCAAACUGCACACAAGGCGCUGGGGCACAUGGUACCACAGGACAUCGCCGCCCAGCAGGGUCUUCAUCUUUCUUCUGAAAGGAAUUCUGGCUUCACGUAGGAUAUUUCUAGUAUCUCUCUCAUCCUUUAUUGGAUCAAACCUACCAAGGUGUUGUGGUUAUUUUAACCAUGAAAUGUAAAGACGGUGUUUCUCAGUGAAGUACUGGCUACUACUGCAGGAUGUAAAGGAAAUAAAAAAGACAGUCUAAGGAUUUCAUGUCAUUGAGGAAACUGCUGGAAACACAGCGCUUGAUGUUUACAUCUGUAGAUACACAGCAAGCCCUAUGGGAUUCAAACCAGAGCCCUGAACGCGGUUUAUUUUUUUGAUGUAAGAGGGCAGCUUCUGUUUGCAGACCGCUGACUCUGCCCGCUUCAGGACCGACACUUGUUCGGUUGUAGGACCUCUGUCAAGGGAGACGUUGUUACACAGCGCUUUGUCUCACUGUGCUUUAAUACACGAUCCUGAUGUAUCUUUUUUUUAUUAUUUUGCUCUAAUAAAGGUGUAAAUUGAGGACGGCUGUCAAGGAAGA